AUGAAGAGCCGGACUGGGUUGGAAAUCGUUGCGCCCUCUGCGCCUCCACGGCCCACCGAGCGGAUGAAAGGUUUCUUGACCGCGGCUUUUGCGACAGGUGUCGUCAUCUGGGGUCUGGAAUGGAUGUCUCCUAGUUUGGUACUUCCCAGUUUGGGUAGACAUUCGAACCCUGUAGCAGAACCUGACUAUACGGUGAACUCCUUUGAAUGGUCAAAGAUAACGCCUCAAAAGCACUUCGACUUCCAUCCUUGCUACGAUGGCUUCGAGUGCGCAAAACUGAGUGUACCACUCGACUACUUCAACGGAGAACAUCCGAAUAAUACUGUGAGUAUUGCCAUCGCAAAGUUGCCAGCAAAGGUUCCAGUCGAUGACCCCCGUUAUGGUGGACCUAUCUUACUCAAUCCCGGUGGUCCUGGUGGGCCCGGAGCACUUUUUGCACUGCAAGUAGCGAAGUCACUGCAAGUUGUCGUCGACUCAGAUGUAGAUCUCGGCGUUUCUUCUUCGUCUGCAAAGUACUUCGACCUCAUCGGAUUCGACCCUCGAGGUAUUGGCGAGACAGAGCCGGCGGCAGAGUGUAUGCCAGAUAGACCCUCAGCCUGGUCUUGGACGCUACGAGAAGCUUCGGAGGGCAUUUUAGGAAGCUCGGAUGCAGCUCUUGGUCGGCUUUGGUCCAUGUCUCAUGCAUUCGGUACUUCAUGCAAGCAAGCACUGGAUGCUGAAGAUGGUCCCGAUAUCAAGCGGUACAUGACUACAGCUUUUGUUGCUCGGGACAUGCUCGAAAUUGUCGAGAAACACGCUCAUUAUGUUUCUGAGAAAGCUGCCCAACUCCUUACACAAACACAUCCAGGGCGACGACCUCGCUGCCGGGGACCUGCGCCCAGAGAAGCCAAACUGCAGUAUUGGGGUUUCUCGUACGGGACAUACCUUGGGUCAACGUUUGCCUCCAUGUUUCCUGACCGUGUAGGCCGCCUCGUCCUUGAUGGUGUUGUGAGCUCCUACGACUACAAUAAUUCUCUGGGUAACGGGAGUCUCACUGAUACCGAGAAAGCCAUGUCAUCCUUCUAUACGUUUUGCCUGUAUUCUGGACCAGAGAUAUGCCCGCUAACAACCCCAAACUCAACCCUCAGCGACAUCGAACUCCGUUUCCAAGCAAUUGUCAAAUCUCUCUAUCACACACCCCUCGCACUAAACUCUCCCCAAGGUCCAGAAAUGCUUACCUACUCAGACGUCAAGUCAGCGAUCUUCAGCUCCAUCUACCAACCCCAACGCACCUUCCCCUACAUCGCCUCACUGCUCGCUGCCAUAGAAGCAGGCUACGGCACCAUUCUCGACGAACUGCGCUUCGACUACCGCCCCAACCACAUCUACAGCUGUCCCAUCAACGGCUCCCUCCCCGCAAAAACCUACACCACCACCCCCGAACACGCCAUCCUCUGCGCCGACGGUGCCGACCAGUCACACAUGUCCAAGUCCGACUUCGCCGCCUACCUCGCGCUCCUGGAAUUCCUCUCACCAACCUCCGGCGCCAUCUGGGCAACGCUCAGAAUGCACUGCACAUCCUGGCUCAUCCGCCCGAGCUACAAGUUCUCCGGCGAAAUCGGUAGCCUUACAGACCACCCUAUCCUGUUCAUAAGCAACACCGCUGACCCCGUCACUCCGCUGCGCAGCGGCCGCUUCAUGCAUGCUAAGUUUCCCGGUAGUGCGCUGCUGCUGCAGGACAGCGCCGGUCACUGCUCGGUGGCGGGACCCAAUCCGUGCACAAUCACAUAUGUGAGGAGGUACUUUCAGACGGGGGAUUUGCCGCCCGAAGGGACGUUUUGUAUUCCGCCCCCGAGUGCGUUCUCGCUCAAUUCGACGGAUCCGAACAGUCCGUUUUAUGACCCGGACCUGGGGGGAGCGCGGGUGUAUGGGCUGGAUGAGGGAGCCGAAACGCAGAGGUUGAUGGAUGUGGCGGUUGGUGUGCACAGGGCGUUUGCGGAGAGCGAGGCGUUUGGGUUUGGGAGGAUGGUUAGGGGCGAGCGCGUGAGAGGGCUGAUGAAGAAUGUAGGGAGGGGGUUGUGAGUGGUCAUGGAUGCUUUGAUGUGACAUAUGUUGACUUGCGGCAUCAUGGAUGGUUGUCUUUUUUUACAUUUGUCUCUGAUAUCCUUGCUAUAUUAGACGUGUAGCCACUUCUACCAUUUUUGGCAACGCGAAAAAUACC